AUGACCUCCGCCUUCGUGCGCGUCUCUGGCCCGCCGAACAGCAAUUUCCUCGUUGGAUAUCCUGGAAUCUCGGCCACUUCUCCGCGCAUAGAGGGCAAGGUCGAGAUCCGUCCGUUACUGGGCGUCUCCGCUCCCGUUCAUGUCUCGCUGGUCACCGUCUGCCUACAACGUCGAGAGAGCAUACAUCCCUCGGCCGACACAAUCAAAGGCCAUUUGGUCACGUCAAAUCGAAGGGAGAUUACCGAUAUAGUCGGCAAGGAGAUGCUGCUGUAUCGCGCUCCUCUGGGUCGUGAGAGCGAAGCUAUUCUAUCCAUGGAUCUGCCUUUUGUCAUAUUCAUCCCAUACGGUCGAGGCGGUGAGGAGAUGGCGAGACGUGUACCACCAGCAAGUUUGCAAUUGGAUCGCCGCGCUGCCGAAACAUACUACGAGAUUGUCGUCACUGUCCACCAUGGUGCAAGCGAUCAGAAGAAAUACCCUUUUCCAGUACCAAUCGCCAGAUACGAUACUCUGUCCACAUUCGGCAUGUACAACCGCCCAGAAAGCGCUGAACGUGUUGUCGACCACCUCGUUACCCUCGCCAUAUCAUUACCUCGCUGGUCCUAUGGCCCUCUCGAUCCAGUCAGCGUCUACAUCAAACUCACACCAAACCCCGACAUGCUUAGAAAAGCCAUGAAGGCUACCGUCAAAGCAAUCACAAUGAGUAUAGAAGAAGAAGUCAUAUACAACCACCAAGGAGAUGAACCACAACGGAAAGCCAAGACGUUGGCUUCUUCCACCCAUCGAGUAGGGAUCAAGAUGCCCGAAGCUGGCUAUUUUACAAAUUUGGGUUUGGUAUUCCCUGCUAGAGAUUCGCGCAACCAAGAAGGCAUUUUGCCUCGUCAAAAACGAGAAUUUCCACUAUAUGCCGUCAGCGGCUUCACAACCACUGGUACUCUGUACAAGAUCGAGUACUAUUUGGUGGUGAAGGCCGUCAUGUCUGGCGCAAAGGACAUAAUGAUCCGCCAACCGAUUGUCGUCUGUCCGUGGGAUCACGCUGGCUGUAAGGAAGAAAUGGAAGCCAUCGAGCAAGCCGCCAAAGACGCCUACCAUAUCUCUCCCGACAAUCCCAUGCUCCCUGCUUCGACCAUCAUUAGAGCCUCAGACGCCAAUGGCCUCAAAAGCUUGGGCAUGACCAUCGUUGGAGGUCACAGGAAACCCCUGAUCGAAUAA